UGACAUGAUUACCCAUACGUCAAAGUCAAGCUAUAUAGAAUAUUUAUAAUUUGGAAUUUUAUUUCAGAAAUUUAGAAUUACUUGUAUAAUGCCCUAUUAUUACGAUUUAUUUACAUUUUAUAAAGACUUACUGAGAAUAUAAUUAAAGCUAGACACUAACAAUUUGUCACGAUUAUCUCAUUUUAAUUGUUUACUGACUUGUGAUAAAAUGGCAUCGUCAUUAAAUAAAAUUAUUGUUAUAGUUGGAUUCAUUUCUCUAUUUCAUUCAGCAUUUUCAGCAGCUCAACAUCGCUCUUACCUUAGAAUUACUUCACAGGAAUUCACAACACUGCCCUUAGAUAUUGUUAUACAAGCUGUAGUAAGUUUAUUUGCUGUCAUGUGGGGAGUACUCAACGUGGCUGGCAACUUGCGUGAAAUUCCUGCUGCAGCUGAACUGAACACUAUACGCUGGGAGACACAGAGGAAUCUGCCAUCAUUCUAUAUGUUCAACCAUAGAGGGAGAGCUCUGGCAUAUGACUAUGUACCUAGUUCUAGUAAAGCAGAGUUAGAGAAUUUAGAAUAACUAUUAUUUUUAUUUAAAUGUUGAUACAUAGUAAUAAUGAGAUGAAUUAUGAAUGGGUUAAAUUGUUAAAACAUCAUUAUUUUACUGUAUAGCAAGUGUCAAGUCUGUUCUCUUAAAAAUAUACAUGUUUCAAUUAUAAUUAAAUUCAAUUUCAUUUAACUGAUUAUUAGAACAACUUCAAAAUAACAUAAAAUGAAUAAUAUAUUACAAUAAAUGGUUUUUGGUAUUAA